UGAGUCUUGAAAAUCAUUGAAAAUUGUAAUUGAUUCAAUCGAUGGAGCUAUAACACUUUAAAAGAAGAAGAUUCAAUGUAUAAAAAAUGAAAAUUACAGUGAAACAAUUACAAGGGGGUGAAUGUAGCUUGGAGGUAUCUCCAGCUACUUUAAUCUCUGAAAUAAAGCGUGAAGUGGCAGAAAAGCUUGGCAUACCAAUUGAGGAGCAGAAAAUACUUUUAUUAGGCCGAACCCUGUCAGAUGAGCAAACUGUCGAGUCCUAUCCUUCAAUCAAAGAAGGAACUAAACUAAACCUUGUUGUAAAGAAGCCUGAAGGUCUAUUUGAGGCUUCUGUAAAAUAUUUCAAGAGCAUCGGCAUGAAUGAUGUACAAGCUGUGAGUGCAGGCAAUGAGCUGCUGAAAGUUUUAGAAGAGAAAAUUUAUAAAAUGUCGUGGGAUGACCUUGAUAGGCUUUGUUAUGAUAUUUUAUCGGAGGAAAGUGGUCAAAGCAGGCCCGUGUCACAUCAGGUUGAGUCGGAGCCUGAAUGCGAAGAUUCAUUCACUCUGUAACCUUUUAGCAUUCCGUUAGAUAUUUUAAGGAUUUUAUAAAUAAUUAUGAUUAAGAACUUGAGGGAUGACGUACUUGGUACUUGGUGUAACGGGCUGGUGUGAUGACAUUUUAAAUUUAUGAUAUAAUAUAUUAUCUUGAAGAUCGUUGUUUGUUACAAAUUUGAGCCAAUCAUAGUUAACCUGAAUGUAACCUGUCAAGACUUUUUAUGUGCCUUGAAACACUAUUAUUACGAAAGUGUGUUAACACUACAAGUUUCUAAAUUUUUAUACCCUUAACCAUUGAUAUUGUAAUGUUUUUAGUUUUUAUUUUUUGUCAUCACCUAAAAAUGUUGGGACCCGUGUAACACAGCAAGCAUGUUGACACCAACAAUGAACACUAUGCUAAGUCGAAUGUCCAAUUAUUGAAAAAUUUAAAGUUAUUAUAACUUGUAAAUAACUUGUAGUGUCGAUGUCCAUGUGAUACAAAGGAAAAGUUUGAGUGUAGCUACGGACAAUAACUCAAGAAGACUACUAAUCGAUACAAGCCAACAUAGUCGGGUAUUCAACACAAGCACAGCUAUUUUGUACAAUGUAACCUUUACAGGGUUUGCAGAGAAGCAAAGUAAUCCUGCCAUCCUUGUCAUAACUAACAUAUUUGCAUUUCAGUAAUUUUCAAGAUUUUGUUGGCACCUGAAGUUUUAUUGCCACCCAAAAAACUCGAAUUACAAUGAUUUUGCUUAACAAUUAAAUUGAAACUAAAUAUAAUAUUUUAAAAAAACAAAGAGGAGCUUGUAGAUUUUGUUUCGUUGAUCUCAGAUAUGUUUAUAACUGCAUUUAGCUAAAAAUGUCGAUAACAUUAGUUAUUAUAAGAAGGGCAGAAUUUACUUCCAUUUUUAUAUAUUGUUUUAUUAUAUAUCUUCACUGAACAAAUUAAGCCACCUGGAGUUUUGAUUAGUUCAAUUAUGUCUUCCUUUAAUGUAUUUGCAGUAGCUA